AUGGCCUCAGAUGCUCCACAGUCGCCUUUCCUGGAGGGCACGAGCGGCCCGCGGUCGGACACCAGGCACCCAGAGGGCUCCAGCACAGCGAAGGUGAAGCUGCCCUGCCAGACCCUCCUUCCGCAGCCGGAGCAAGGGCCGUCGGCAGCCGAGCUGAAGCUGGAGGCACUGACCCAGCGCCUGGAGCAGGAGAUGGAUGCUCGGCCAAAGGCUGAUUACUUCGGCACCUGCGUGAAGUGCAGCAAGGGGGUGUAUGGAGCAAACCAGGCUUGCCAGGCCAUGGGCAACCUCUACCACGAUGGCUGCUUCACCUGCGGAGCUUGCAGUCGAAAGCUGAGAGGAAAAGCCUUUUAUUUUGUGAAUGGCAAGGUGUUCUGUGAAGAAGAUUUCCUGUAUUCUGGUUUCCAGCAGUCAGCUGACAGGUGUUUCAUUUGUGGUCAUUUGAUAAUGGACAUGAUCCUGCAGGCUCUAGGGAAGUCAUAUCAUCCAGGCUGCUUCCGAUGUGUGGUCUGCAACGAGUGUCUGGAUGGUGUACCAUUCACUGUAGACUCUGAAAACAAAAUCUACUGCGUCAGAGAUUACCACAAAGUUUUAGCUCCAAAGUGUGCAGCAUGUGGACUUCCCAUUCUGCCCUCCGAGGGGUCUGAUGAGACCAUUCGGGUUGUGUCCAUGGACAAGGAUUACCACGUGGAAUGUUAUCACUGCGAGGACUGUGGGAUGGAACUGAACGAUGAAGACGGGCAUCGCUGUUACCCGCUAGAUGAACAUUUGCUUUGUCACUCCUGUCAUCUGAAACACAUAGAGAAUGGCACCAGCCCAGCAGCUGUCUACCAGCACCACUACUAGCCAGCAUGGCCGACAUGGGAAGGUCUGGACAGAAGACUUGUUACGUGAUCUCCCUCUCCCCACCCUCAGUUGAUUUCCUGUGCAUAUUUUUCACCAGUCAACAAUGUUUCUGUAAAAGGAUAUGAGAGAAUUUUGCUGGAUUCCCAGAGUCUGUGUGUUUGUGAGUUCCAGCUGUAUCAAACCACGUCUACUUGACCAAGAAUGUGGCAUGUUAUCUAAACUGGUUUACUUUUACGUGCCUUUUUCUGCUGUCUGGAGAUUCUUCUUGGCUCAUUUUGGAAGAUUCUUCAGUGAAAGCACAACUUGCUGUCGGGCCUGUGAACUCAGAUCGUGCCAUGCACAGUUACAAAGUCAGGGGCUGGCUUGCCUGCCUCCCUACUAGGGAUGUCCCGUCUACUAAGAGUUUCCUGACAAGCACACUUCAUCAGAUUCCCUGAAGGACAUCAACCUAUUAAUACCAGUUUUUAGACACUGUCUUUCUUUUUGUUAAUUCUUUAGGAAAAGAAA